UCGUGCCUCACAAACAGUUGACAAUCCUGUGAAGAGGAAGGUAACGUCAGCCCUGAAGUGCAGACGGUGUGCACUUAAACUCAGGAGCAAACACUAAUAAAACAAAGUAGGACAAAUAUGGGAUUUAUUAUUUGGAAAAUAUAUUUUUUACAUUAAUCAGUGCAACAGUGUAUUUUUAUUCAGCUUGUCAGUGACCGCUUCAGUGCACGUUAAACGAAGACAGCACUCAGAAGCUGCGGCGUUUUUGGUUCACUGCAGGCGGACAAUUAAAAUACCUAGGAGCUCUACGUUUGUGGCAAACCACAGUUUUUCAAAGCUGAUUACUGACAGGUGAAGUAUACUGUUGAUUGUCCUUAAACAUAACAUGCAGGGAUUUUGUUUAUUAUUAAAACUUUAAAAAUCUUUUACUAUCACUGUCCUAUUAACGGAAGUGUAGGAACCACAAGCUAGUUCGUACAUUUGUCUUAGUAUAUUUGAUUGCCUCCUCUCCCACAUGUGCCUCCAGAUCUUCUCUGAAAGUAACCUUGAGCUGCUGAGGUUAAUAUAGAUGCUAUCAUCAGAGAAGUGUCCCUCGCUGUUACAACACACAGUUUCUGGGUCACUCCCCGGCCCUGUGAGAGGGCCCCAUCCACAUGAGCAAGAGAGGGAGACGGAGAGGGAGUGAGGGUGUGAGAGAGGAAAAGAGAGAGAGAGAGGUACGUAUUUAUAGAAAAAUGGGGCUUUGCAGUACCUUUUCUUGCAAAGAACCACUUCAGGACCAAGUGAGCUUGUCCCAGUUUUUCUGAUCACCGCUCAGCCAUAGGGUCUGGACUCAGGCUGGACAAAGCUCAUUCAGCAUGGAGAGCCUGAUUUUCAGAUGCUCCGUGCUCUCUUCUUACCUUUGUAUGUCUUCACGUAGGAACCACUGGUUGGUUAAUUGAGAACCAGCGAGGAGACCGUGGCCUACAUAGCCUUCAAAUGUUCACCUAGGUGGGUAGAGGCUUAGGGAGACGAAGGGCUCAGGUGAGGAGCAGCUUGAGGGUGUCAGAGGACACUCUUUGGCUGCAUCCACCCCCAGGAAGGGGGAGAGAGGAGACUGGCUGGAACGUGCCCUGCCGCAAGCCGGGCAAGGAUGAGGCGUUUCCUGAGCAGAAAGGGCCGCUUCUCCCUGCGCCAGAGCAAGUCUGGAACCCGGAGUGCCUCCAAAGAUUUCUACCUUGGUCUUCCAGCCACCAAUCAGAACUGGCCAGAGGCCUUUGGUUUCCGUUUGGGUGGCACUGGGCCCAGUUACAUCCUGUCAGUGGUAGAGGGCAGUAGUGCCUUCCUGGCUGGUCUGCAGCCCGGAGACCAGGUGGUGGAUAUUGAGGGUCAGGAUGUGACCAACCUCAGCACACCAGCACUAAUCGCUCUGGCUCAGACUCUCAAGACCGUCCCACCCAGCAUUGGGGUGGUGUCACGAAUUGAACAGAUUGACAUCACACCAGGUCCUGACGGCCGGUUUGGAUUCACCAUAGUCGGCGACAGCCCUCUCAUGGUGGAGGACAGCAUCCCCAACGGACCGGCAGCUCGCAGUGGACUGAAGGUGGGCGACUACGUCUUGGAGGUCAACGGCAUCCCAGUAAAGCAUCAUGAAACAGCAGCGGCCAUGAUCAAAGCAGCCCAGGGUCGACCUCUGAGACUAGGCACUCUUAGCAUGGCCCGGCGACCCAAGAGACUGAGCAGCAGCAUGAGGGUGUUGUCACAGAGUGGAGACAGUGUCAGGGAGAGUCGGGCCCACAAGGCAAUGGAGUUCAAUAGGAAGGUGGAGGACGUGCUCGGAGAGGAGCCCGAUGUGAAGGAACAGCUGUUUGAGGUUCUAAAGCAGUACGCUGCUGACAGGGAUGUGGAGAGUCUGGCUGAGGCCCUGCCUGAUAUCCUGAUCACAGAGGAGCAUCAACAGCUGAUCGACAAUGUCAGGAUCUUCAUUCCCAAGAAGCAUCGGGAGCGUUUUGACGAAGUGGUUUCCCAGAGCCUGAUGAGCAGGCUCAAGGGGCGGAGCUUCAGUGACCCUAGCCGUAGCCACCUUCGCCGCAGCCGGAGUGAGGACCACCCGGAGCGCCUUCUGGUUUCCACCCGUGCCAGCUCUGUUCCACGCACCCACGCAGAGGAAAGUGUCGGCCCACCCACCCGAGGCAUGAGAAAGACCACGUCGCUCAUAGCUGGCCACUCCAGUGGCAGCAGCACCAACUGCAGGACAGUGCGAGUUUGCAAAGGCAACAUGAGUUUUGGCUUCACCCUCAGAGGUCAUGCUCCAGUCUGGAUAGACUCUAUCAUUCCUGGGAGUCCAGCAGACAAGGCAGGUCUAAAACCAGGAGACCGGAUCCUUUUUCUCAACGGACUUGACAUGAGGACCUCUGCCCAUGAGAAGGUGGUGUCCAUGCUGCAGGGCAGCGGUGCCAUGCCCACCUUGGUGGUGGAGGAAGGCCCUCCCUCCUUUCCUCACACAGAGCAGGAUCUUGCAGGUGGUGGUCUUCUGGCAGAACGUGCCCACUCCCCUGUGCUCAGCUCCCUACAGUGGGUGGCAGAGAUUCUCCCUCCAAGUAUCAGGGUCCAGGGUCGCACCUUUGGCCAACAGCUGGAGCAUCUGCUCACCAUCCAGGAGAGAUACAUCAUCUGCAAGGCUCUGGAGAAUUUCUUUCAGCACAGGAAUGUUGACACUCUGAUCGUAGAUGUGUUCCCGGUGCUGGAUACACCAGCCAAACAGGUGAUCUGGCAGUUUGUCUACCAGCUGCUGACCUAUGAGGAGCAGGAACACUGCCAAAACAAGAUCUCACGCUUCCUUGGCUUCAAAGCCCCAGUUCCACCACCACCGCCACCUCCACCACCUCCUCCCCCUCCGGAGCCUGAGAUUGUCCCAGAACCCCACCGCCGUAGCAGCUCCAUGAGGGUAACAGGAAACACGUACAGGAGCAGUGUGAGGGGACGUAGUUCUGAUGACCUGGUCAUUGGCACACAUUUGGGCAUGGGGAUACGGGCAGAGCCAGUGCUGGAGCCAGGAAUGAGGUUGACUCCUGGAGAGAGGCAGUCAGGAGAUGGUACCUCUCUGCCAGAGACCCCCAGCAAUCUCACCAAUUUGUCAGCAGUGUAUGCUGAACUGGAGAACUUGUAUUCAGGCAAGAGGUCUAAAUCUCUGAAGAGCCGCCCCCCUCCUGCCCCCGAGAGUUUACUAGAUCUGGAUCCUCCUUCACGCACAGUAUCCCCUACCUUACAGGCUAAUACAGGGAGCCGAAAAGGUCCCUCACCCCUCACAACUUGGCAGGAGCCUGUGUCCAGCUCCCCUCCAUCCCAGUUCUAUCCGUCAGGGCUGCCAAGCCAGACCAGCGGGGAGUCCAACCCCUACAUCAGCUUAGAUAGUCCAGCUCCCUCACCCUCACCCCCAGACCUUGACGACUUCCCGUGCAGUCCUCCGGCUCAUCGCAACAACAAACGGCGUUACACCUUCUCCAAACCUCCUCGUUCAGAUGACACAGAUCUCUUCCUGGAUGCUCUCAGCGAGCAGCUGGGGCAGAAGGUGUCCAUCGUCGAUGACUUUCUGACUCCGGAGAACGACUAUGAGGAGGAUGAUGUACAGAUGGGUUUCCCCGAUGAGGAGGAUGAGGAUAAUGAAGAGGAGCUGGCAGUAGAUGAAGAAGAAAAUGGAGGAUUUGUGGCUCCAGAGCUGAGCAGCCCAAGUGAUGUUCAGAGCAGUAGUGGAGAGGAGAACGGCUCCUCCCUCACCUACUCCUCAUCCUCAGACCAGAUCCCUCCCCCACCUAUGACACCUCCUCCUCCCCCACCUGUUCAGUUCAAUGACCCUCCAUCUCCUUCCUCUCCUCCUACAUCAGCACCUGCUCAGCCUCAGCAGCCGCAGCAAAUACAGCAGCAGCAGCAGCAGCUGCACUACACCCCUGAACACUCUCCUCGGGCAUACGUGCCUAUUCGCCGCAAAUCUGGACCACCUCCACCACCUCCGCCCCGCAGCAAUCCACCACUUAAACGGCAAUCUCUCCAUAAAAUACAACCCACAAGAGAAGAUGUACAGGUUCAUGCUACCAUACAAGAGCUGAAAGCCUACCAAGAAAAACAAACCUACAAGGAAAGGCAGGCCUAUGAAGAGAGACAGACAUAUGAGGAGCAGCAGUCUAUGGAGGAGCAGCUGUUUCAGGAGCAGCAGGCCUUCCAAGAGAAACAAUCCUAUCAGGAGAAGAACUACAAAGAGAGACAAGCUCAUGAGCAAAAGAAGUAUGAGGAGCAAAAAGCUUUUGAAGAGCAGCAAAUCUACAUGGACCGACCAGCGUACGAACGGCGCCAAGCCUACAAGGAACAAAGAGCAUUGGAGGAACUUCAGGCCUAUCAAGAACAGAAAGCCUAUGAGCAGCGCCAAGCCUACAAGGAGCAAAAAGCUUUAGAAGAGCUUAAAGCCUUCCAGGAACAAAAAGCUCAUGAACAGCGUCAAGCCUACAAGGAGAAAAAAGCUCUGGAGGAGCUUCAGGCCUUUCAAGAACAAAAAGCUCACGAGCAACGCCAAGCUUAUAAAGAGCAGAAAAUAUUAGAAGAGCUUCAAGCCUAUCAAGAGCAGAGAGCCCACGAACACCGUCAAGCCUACAGGGAGCAGAAAGCUCUAGAGGAGCUACAGGCCUACCAAGAGCAAAAAGCCUACGAGAAACUUAAAGCCUAUGAGCAGCGUCAAGCCUACGAGGAGCAACAAGCCUAUCAAGAGCAGAUCUACCAGAGUCAUCACUCAAUGCCUGUCCAGCCGACACAACAAAAAGCCCACUCACAUCUUCCUCUACAACAACUUCACCAGUCCUUACCCCCGCUUCCCUCACCAGACUCCUGCCAUCACCAUCCCAACCAUCCUGUCUACGUGAUGCGCCAAGCACAGCAGCAGCAGCAGCAGCAGGUCCACCAGAGUCAUUUCCACCGGCGUCAGUCUCGUUCAGCUCCUCCGCCUCAUCAACCAACGGCCCAUCCAACAGCCCACCACGGUCAACAAGCUCAGUAUGCUGAGGGUAUCUACCAAAGUCAACAGGGCCUCAGAUCCCAUCAGCACCACUCUUCAGCCGAGAUGCUCAACAAAAUGCACCAACCUCCAGCGCAUCACUCUUCGACCGAGAUGCUGAACCAGUUGCAGCAAACCCAGGCCUUCCACUCAUCGGCUGAGAUGCUUCAACAGAUGCAGCAAGCCCAUGUUCACUCCUCCUCUUCGGAGCUGCUCCACCAGAUACACAAACCCAAGGCCCAUCAUUCGUCAACAGAGCUUCUCCAUCAGGCUCACCAAAUGCAGCAGCGGCAGUCGCACCACUCCUCAACAGAGCUUCUUCAUCAAGCUCAUCAUCAGAUGCACCGUGGUCAGCCACAUCACUCCUCCACCGAGCUGCUCCAUCAGGCCCAUCAGAUGCACCAACCGAGGCCUCAUCACUCCUCCACCGAGCUGCUCCAUCAGGCUCAGCAGGAGCCGGCCUCCCUCCCAGUUCAGCUCAAACGUGACAACCACUCACACCAGAGCCGCAGGAGUGUGAAAAAUCAAAACCAAGUGCAGCAGAGCCACCAAACCCAUCACCCUCAGCCCACCAAGCCCUCCCCUCAGCGACCCCACUCAAUACAGCAGACCCACAACCUCUCUGGUUCACCUCAAAUUCACCACAUCCACCACAUGACCCCACAGCCCCCUCCACAGGACCACCAGCACCAGAUUCAGGUCAUUCAUCCUCCACAGCAGCCCCUCAGGCCUCAGCCUCUACUCUCUACCUUUCAGCCCCUCCAACCACAUCAGCCCACCCCUUCCUCCUUUCAACCUCUUCCCCAAUUGCAGCAUCAGGUCCAGUCCUCCACCCAAACCACUCGUCCUCAGUCCCAGCCCUCACAUCACUUGCUGCAAUCCCAAAACCAGCCACAAGCCCAGUCAGCCCACCUGAACCAAUCACAUGUACAGAGUCAGCCCCAGACCCUGCCCCAUUCUCUGUCAGACCCCACAGAGCAUCUCGAGCCUCCCCCUCCACCACCUUUGCCCCCACCUUGCUCUCCUCCACCACUGCCCAGACCAAGUUUGUCAAGGAUGGACUCUCACCACAUGAGUGUGAAGAGGUUGCGCUGGGAGCAGGUGGAGAAUUCAGAGGGAACCAUCUGGGGACAGCUUGGAGCGAAUUCUGACUACGAUAAAUUGCACGACAUGGUGAAGUAUCUGGAUCUGGAACUGCACUUUGGGACACAGAAGAGCGCCAUUCCUGCUCCGGAGUCACUGCAGCACCCGGAAGGGUUCAAGAAGAAAGAUGUGAUAGAAAUUUUGUCACAUAAGAAAGCCUACAAUGCAUCCAUCCUGAUAGCCCACCUGAAGCUGUCUCCUGAGGAGCUCCGUCAGGUGCUCAUGAACAUGGCCACGGACAGACUGGAGCAGACCCACAUCAAGCAGCUCCUGCUGUACGCUCCUGACGCCGAGGAGGUCAAAAAGUACAAGGAGUACCGACAGGAUCCCAGCAAACUUAGCGAGCCAGACCAGUUUGUGUUGCAGAUGCUGUCAGUGCCAGAGUAUGAGACGCGCCUCCAGAGCCUCCUCUUUAAGUGUUCUCUACCUGAGAAGACAGAGGAGUUGAGAGGAGCGUUUGACUGCAUCUGUAAGGCCUCCAUGGAACUGAAGACCAGCAAGAAACUCGCUAAGAUACUAGAGUUUGUGCUGGCGAUGGGAAAUUACUUAAACAACAGCCAGCCAAAAACCAACAAGCCAACGGGCUUCAAGAUUAACUUUCUUACACAGUUGAGCACGACUAAAACGGUGGAUGGGAAGUCCACAUUCCUCCAUAUUCUGGUCAAGUCCUUAUGCCAACACUUCCCUGAUGUUUUGGAUUUCUCUAAAGAACUUACGAUGGUUCCUCUGGCAGCCAAAGUCAACCAGAGGACCAUCACAUCCGACCUCAGUGACCUUCACACAACCAUCCAGGACAUUCGCUCAGCCUGUCAGAAGAUGCCUGCAACUGCCGAGGACCGUUUCGCUGUCGUCAUGGGCAACUUUUUGGAGAACAGUCACCCUGCCCUCCAGUCUCUGGAGUCCCUGCAGCAGAGAGCAAUGGAGGAAUUUGGCAGAACUGCUUCUUACUUUGGAGAAGACAGCAAAGCCACCAACACGGAGGCCUUCUUUGGAAUCUUUGCAGAGUUCAUAAAAAAGUUUGAGAGAGCUCUCAGUGAUCAUCAGGCUGCAGAAAACCCAAAGAGCCCCCGCAGCCCUCGUGUGGCCUCCCCACUGGACUGGUAACACACACAUCUACAAUACUGUACACUUAGAAAUACACAGAGACCUUCAUAGGUGAGCUGUACACUGUGUAUAUAUAUACCUGUGCAAGCACUUAUAAUACUAGGGCGUGUUUAAAUAUAUGUUUGUAUUUUGGAGAAAAGAAGGAAAAAAACAGUAUAGGCCUUGAGCUGCAGUACACAGUAACCACAUGUGUUUCAUCCUAGGUUUUCUCUCUUUAUGUGCAGCAAUGUACUUUUGUGGUAAAAGCUUUAUCAUAUGCACCAAGAUGUAGCUUUAAUAAGAGGUGUUACUUUGAACUCUAAAUGUUUAUCUCAGAUGUAUAUCCACUGCCACAGAGUGGUUCUAAGGAAACCAUAGAUUAUUAAGUUUGCUCUUUUUCUAAGCAGCCCACCGCCAUGAAUGUAACAUGAGUUCUUGUUCUGUAGCUUAGUUUUCUGAAGACUGAAAAACAACAUCAAAGGAAUCAACAUGAGUGACUCCUUUGAUGAAAUGCGCUCAUUUUGAAAUGGGGGUAUCAAACAGUGAAACGUGUAUAAGACAUGGGCGCAAAGAGGUUCUCCACUGGUCUCUGAAGUGGCUGUGUACAAAUGUGAGUAAAGGAGGUCAUUUCAGAUUUAAUCCAAAUGCAGUUUAUUAUUUCUUAAAAACUGUGAAGUUGUUGGAGGAACGUCUUACAUCAAAGAUGACAGAGUCACCGCUGUCUCCUUCAGUGGGUUUUACUUUACUCGGCACGUGCAUGGUUGACCAGUUCAGGGUUUUCACAGAGUUGAACAAAGACGUUACUCCCUAGUAGCAGUUGUUUGAUGAUGACACUGUAUGUGAACGGCCUUCGGAAGAGUCACGGGAAAGAACCCCCCCACACCCCCUCCCCACAACUGUUUCUUGUUACUUAGUUGCUUUAGGUUUUAUCGUGUGAGAACAUGAUUUAUAUUAUGCAUAAACAAGACACAUGUUGUACAAUAGUUUAACAUUGUCUCACAAGUCUCCAUAACAAGUUCCAGGAAUUUUUACAACGUUAUUUUUGAACUUUACUCCUAAAAUGUUGCUACACUUUCUUAAGAUCUAGAUAAAAUUAAAGUUCUGUUCCAAGUCCAGUAGGUGGACAGCUCAUUGUUACAUCUGUAUAAGAGACGAAAUGACAAAGACAAGAUUUUCUCUUGUUUCCACCGACAAAAUCACCACAAUAUUAUAUACACAAAUGUGGCGUUCCACUGCGGCCUGCAGUCCAGAUCUGUCUUCUAUUGAAAAUGUAUGAAGCACAAUGAAGAAGGGAAUUACAGAACAGAGACUGUGGGCUGUAGAACCGCUGUGGUAUUUCAUAAAGUAAAAAUUUCAGUAAAAAAGUAGUUUACAAACAAAUAGAAAGUAUUGUAAAAAAAAAAAACGGAAAGUGGGCGUUUUUUCUGCACCAUUUGUUUCAUAAGUAAAAACUUGAAAAUCUGUGUUCUUUCUGCUAGAUAAAAGAAGGUUUAACUGCACUAGAAAGCUACAACAGUUUUUAAUUAGAUUCCUUUCAUGGUGUACAAAAUGUUUGUUGAAAAUAAUACUGUUUUUUUAAAACAUUGUUAGUAUGAACAGAAAAUGAACACAAAAAAAAAUCCCUGCACUUGGAGAAUAUGUACUUUGGUUUUCUUUGAAAUUCUGUCCUUUAAUUUGCAUAUUUAUAAUAAUCUGGUACUUUUGAGAGACAGGUUGUUUCUGGAACAUUCUUAUAUAUUUAUUUAUUUAGAUCAUUACUGAGCUCAUGGUAAUAAGAUGGUGAUGUGCACCGGGGAGUCGGCACUGUGCAAUAAGUCCAUUCCAAGUUUUACUCUUUAAACAGUAAGUUUGAGUUCUCCUGUCUUUGAACUGUGAACCAUUACUGUAUACUGAAUGUCCGAAGCCACAGUAUGAUUCAUUUUAGAAGCACUUUUUGUGACUGACCAAAACCUACAGUAUGUGAUCGACUUCUUCUCACAGCCCCUCGUGAGAACAGCCGUCUCUUGGAGUUGUGCAGUAUUUCACAAGUCUUCCAGCUAUUAAUGCAGAACACUAGCCGUCAGCACUUUGUUCAGGUGAAAUCUCGAAUCUCUUAAAAGUGAUAUUUAUUUUUCAGAUUUCAACUUUAACGUUAAGCUCUGGCAUUUCCUCUGUGUAAACUACAGAUCAUUGAGAGAGAAUUACUGUUCAUUUAAGACUAUAAAGUACAGUAUGAAAUUG